AAAAAAUAAUAACCGAGUCAUGAAAACGAUCAUGUCUAAAAUUAAAAUCUAAACUAAACACAAACACACACGAAACUCUUGCUUGCAUCAGUCAGUUGUUCAGUACCGAGUUGUUAUGCAUGUGUUGGAAAAAACCUAGCGCUCAUUAGAUUGUUAAAUAAUAGCGUAGAGGUGGUAAUGUUACUUAAAAAAUCAAAUUACUUGUACAAGCUGUCAGUAGUUUAUUUGUGCAAUUUGUUGUCCAUUAAGAGACUGUCACGUAUGAAGCAGCAUACAGGGCAAUGAAGUCAUUUAAAUUUUCAAAAUACUUUUCAUCAUCAGCAACAUCAUCAACCUCAUUGUUGUCAACGACAGUAAUUGUUUAUAUAUUUUUAACAAUUAACCUGUCGCGUUGUGAUGUCGCGAAUCCCAAUGCCGGCAACGCGACCCAGGCGCCGGCUAAUCAGAGGCUUGAUAAUAAAAAUAACGUAACUCUUAAUGAUGGUAAUUUAAAUAAAAACAAUAGUCAUAUUUCGCCACAAAGUGAAACAAAACAUAUUGAUAAAUUAAUAAAAUCGAGUACUUUGAAAGAUAAAAGUACUCUGGCUACUGGUAAUCAAACUCAUGAUGUGGGGCUUCCCUCUGGUCAUGGACCAUCUCUAGAUUCAGGAGCGAUGAUGAGAGCAUUUUAUGUUUUUCUUGGUCUCAGUGUGAUCGGAGUCGCUUACUUGGUAUUUCGCAGCACAAGGUUACGUAAAGGUCCAGCACAAAUGGUAAGGAAAUAUGGGAUACUUGCGAAUAAACAGGACAUCGAAAUGCGACCACUGCCGCUUGAUGAGGAAGACGAUGAUGACAAUGUGGUGUUUGAUGCCAGUGGACUCACUAGAGAUCUAAAUCAGGCGACUUAGAAGCAGCUUGAUGGGCUUGUUCUUGCAAAUAAACUAUUAAAUCCUAGCAAAGUGGUCUCAUUCACGCGCCUUAAGUAAACUCGAUAAAUAACUUUAUAUACAUACAUAAAUUAUUAUUAUUAUUGUAAUAAAUCUAAUUGUGGUCACCACAUAUUCUAUUUUUAAAA